CAUGCAUUGCACACCUUACGAAAAUACAAAUGACUCCGGUAGAAAUGGCCCUUCACCCAUUAUCAGCUUCAAAGCAAUUGCUAAAUGAGCUAAACUCAACUUCAAUCCAUUCCUUAACCGUUUUCUUCUGCUUCCUAACUCUCCUUCUCUUUAUGCUUAACCAAACAAAAACAAGAAGAAGCAAGAAGUCCAAUUUGCCUCCUUCCCCACCAAAACUUCCCAUAAUUGGUAACCUUCAUCAACUAGGCACUCUACCACAUCGUUCCUUCCAUGCACUCUCUAGCAAGUAUGGCCCUCUCAUGUUCCUGCAAUUAGGUCAAACUCCAACUCUUGUGGUUUCAUCUUUUGAUGUGGCCAAAGAUAUAUACAGAACCCAUGAUGUCGCUUUCUCCAACAAGCCUCAAACCACAGCCGUGAAAAUGAUCAUGUAUGGCUGCAUGGACGUGGCUUUUGCGCCCUACAGCGAAGAGUGGAGACAGAAAAGGAAGAUAUGUGUUCUUGAGCUUCUAAGCAUGAAAAGGGUGCGAUCCUUUCAGCCCAUAAGAGAAGAAGAAGUUGCACUUAUGCUUGAUGGCAUACGUGAAGCAUGCGCAGGCAAAAGUUCAUGCGUGAAUCUCACUGAGAUGCUGAUUGAAACCUCGAACAACAUAAUGUCUAGAUGUGUUCUUGGACGAAAGUACGAUACAUCAGAUGGGAGAAUCAGCUUUGGUGAGCUUGGAAGGAAGAUGAUGAAACACUUGGCAACUUUUACUGUGGGAGAUUUCUUUCCUUCUUUAGGUUGGGUUGACUUUCUGACGGGGCAAAUAGCAGAAUUUAAGGCCACUUUCUCUGCAUUAGAUGCUUUCUUUGAUCAGUUAGUUGCUGAACGCAAGAGAAUGAAAAUGGAGAUUAAUGGCCAAUCUGAUGAUGACAAAGACUUCGUGGACAUACUCCUUCAGAUUCAAGAGGGUGGAAAACAUGAUUUUCAGCUCACACAGAAUGAUGUCAAGGCAAUCCUAAUGGACAUAUUUGCUGGAGGAAGUGACACAACCUCAACACUUUUGGAAUGGGUAUUUGCGGCGCUGUUGAGGAAUCCUGAUACCAUGAAGAAGGUCCAAGAAGAAGUAAGAAGAGUUGUGGGGCACAAAUCAAAAGUGGAUGAAAAUGAUUUAAGUAAAAUGAAUUAUCUGAGCUGUGUAGUGAAAGAAACAUUAAGAUUAUACCCACCUGCUCCUCUUUUGAUACCUCGAGAAACUUUGUCCGAUGUGAAAGUCAAAGGUUUCGAUAUUCCGUCAAAAACAAGAGUGUUUGUGAAUGCAUGGGCGAUUCAGAGGGACCCUGAAAUUUGGGACAGGCCAGAGGAGUUUCUUCCCGAGAGAUUUGAAAAACAGCCAGAAGUUGAUUUUAGAGGAAAUGAUUUUCAAUUAAUUCCCUUUGGCUCUGGGAGAAGGGGUUGUAUUGGAAUUUCGUUUGCGAUGGCUUCAACUGAGUAUAUGCUUGCUAAUCUCCUCUAUUGGUUCGAUUGGAAGCUUACUGGGAGUGCUGCAUCUAUGCAAGAUGUAGACAUGAGUGAGAUAUGGGGACUCACUGUCAUCAAGAAAGUACCACUUCAUCUUCAACCAACACUAUAUAAACCUUGACAUGUCAUGGAUGUUAUUGCUGCAUGUCUUGAAAUCCUGUUUCGCUUUGUUUCCUUUUCUGUGGUCUUUAUUCUAUCUUUUCCCCCGUCAAUUUCUAUUUCUAAUAAUGUAAUUUGGCAAAGAAGAAUAAGUGUAGGUACUUGGCAUGUCUAAUAAAAAGUGCAACCAUAUGUUGAAUGUUAA